AAAGCUCCACACUACACUACAAUAUCCAGCCUAAGCCAAAUCCAACCAAUCACAAGCCCCCACUCCACCAAUCUCAGAUGUCACCCCAUCUUCACUCCCUCAGUGUCUUACACUACUAACUCAUUCAUUCCCACACAUUCCUCAUCCUUCAUUCUCCAUUCAUCUCCCUUCUUCACUCCUUCUCUCCUUCUCUCUCACUUUCAAUCCAUGGCCACCACUUCCUUCCAAUCCCUCCACAAACCACCACUCCUUCAUCACCUCCUCCUCCACCACCACCACCACCACCACCAACACCAACACUGUUUCAGCACUCCUGACACUUCCCUCCAAUUUUUUAAACACUCCACAACAACCACAACUCUCAAACUCUUCUCCAGUUUAUCAACAUCAUCAUUAACUCCAUCCACUAACACCUCCCCAUUUGACACUCUCGCCGCACACCUAGCCGAAGCUAACUUCCGGCAAGCUGAUGAAGAAACCCGCCGCCUCCUCAUUGAGCUGGCCGGAGAAUCAGCGCAGAAACGUGGCUAUGUUUUCUUCUCCGAAGUCCAGUUCAUCUCGGCAGCUGAUCUUCGUGCCAUUGACCGUCUCUGGCGCCUUCACAGCAGUGACCGCUUCGGGUAUAGUGUGCAGAGACGGAUAUGGGAGCGGAAGGCACGGAGAGACUUCACUGGAUUCUUCAUCAGAGUUGGCUGGAUGAAGAAGCUUGAUACAGAGGUGGAGCAGUACAACUACAGGGCCUUCCCUGAUGAGUUCAUAUGGGAGCUUCUUGAUGACACGCCGGAGGGCCACCUUCCCCUGACCAAUGCUUUGAGAGGAACACAAUUGUUGGCAAACAUCUUAACACAUCCUGCAUUUGAAGAGUUAGAGGAAGAGGAAACAGAGGAAAAAGAAGAUGAGGAGGAGAGCAAGGAGGAAGUCAAGGAGAAGCCAAAGCUCACCCAGAGCUUUAAACCUGAUUACUCCUUUUGAAUUUCAGCAUUUAGUUCAAGAACUAGUAUCACACAAAGUAGUCACUUGAUUGUUUUCAAUCAUCCAUUCUAUUGUGCUAAAACUAUCGCUAAUACUACUGCAAGUCUGUUUUCAGUUGAUGGAAUCAUAGACAUAGUGAACAUUGUGGGAGAAUGUGCGAUUAUUUUUAAAAAACACACACAGUACGAAUAAAUAUAUUCAUGUGUGAAAAGUAAACAUUAUGGUAUAUUUUCAGGGAUUCGCAAGGGAAAACUCAUCAUCCUGUGUACAAAACUUUCACAUCAUGGCAAUAGAAGAGAAUACUGGGGCAAGAGAAGAUUUACAUAGCGUCUCUACAGCAGCAGUAACCAGGACUGGAAUUUUCUGCGCUAAACUCAAGACACUCUGAGGAUUUGUGAAAGUUCACUCGUUGAUCAUUGUUGUAUAGUUGUUGUGUUUUUUGAAUAAAAUAACGACCACAACUGAGAAGC